AAACCAAUUUACAUAUCACUUUUGACAGGACUACAAUGUGACACGAAUUGCAAAAAACUUUUCAACAAAAAUAAACAAUUAAAGGCAAGAAUGGGUGUUUCCCGAGUGAUAAAGACACUUUUAUUAAUUGUUGUGUGUUGUGUUUUUGUGGUGUCGGAAGAUGUACCCGCCCCAAGCCGAACUUUACCAGCAGCUGUCUCUCCAGUGGCCGCCGAGGGGGGCCCCAUUAUGCUUCCAAACGACACGACUCACAUGGGCCGCGAACACAUGAUAAAGGUGAAUCACAAUAAAGUCACACCGGAUUUUGUGGUGGGUCAGAAAAGUGAUAACAAGACGAGUGUACCUAAAAAAGGCGCUGUUUUGCCAGACUCUAAAGUCAAAUCGACAUCGUCGUCAACGACGACUACAACUACAAGUACGACGACGACGACAACCACAACCACCACUACGAUACCCCCUAAACCAACGUUGACAAUUGGCGAGGACGAAGAACCUCUAAAUGAAAAACACGAUAUUAACAGACAGUCAGUUGUUGAGAAGCAUAAAAAAACUGACUAUGUUGUGCCUAUUGUUGUUGUAAUACUCUCAGUUCCUUUGGUAGCUAUUAUUUUUUCAGUUUUGUACAAACGCGGCUCAGAUUGGUGGCAACAUAGACAUUAUAGAAGGAUGGACUUUCUUAUCAACGGGAUGUACGAUAAUUAAUUCAAUUCUCCAAAGAUUUGACUGUGCUAACUGUCAUCGCAUUUAUCUUAAUCUUAGCUGUAAAUACUUGUACUGUGCCUUACAAACGCAAUUAUUUUGUGAUAUUUCCAGAUAAUAAUUUGUUGAUUCUGUGUAUUUUUCUACCAUAAUAAAAGUGAAUAGAAAUU